AUGUCUUACGAAGAUGACCUGGUCUGGAAAGCUUUCCACAAAGCCAAGGAUCGUAUGUGCGGACAAGCUGCAAAGAAGACAAUUGAGGUCUUGGAAAAGCACCGCCGAUGGGGAGGUUACCUGUACCCAAGCAUGCAUCCCUUCUACAACAAGAUAAAAGGAAAAGGCCGAACUGACGACCCGGAAUUCUACUUCUAUCCCUAUCUGCUAGUGCUUCAGGCUAUCUGGCCCGAUAACAACCAUGUCAAAUCCAUUGCCAAAGCGUUUGCCAGGUACUGGGGUGUCCCUGAUAUGGCACUUGGCCCAGGGCAUUAUCCCAUUCUCAAUGACAAAGAGCGAGAAAUGGAUCUUUUCAUGGGAACGAAACAGAUUGAGUACGCAAAAGGGGAUGGUGAAAGAUCGGCAGAGGAUGAUGCAGGCAAUGGAGAAAAGGACAAUGAAGAGGAGCAAGGGAGGGACACAAUUCCCAAUAUUCGAGACAUAGACACCAUUACCGACAUGACACAACUAAAAAGGCUGAAGGAUUCGCUCGAAGAAGUAAAGAAAAAUCUUGUGAAUCAGCUCCAGGAAGCAAAUGAACAAAUUCGUCAAGUUCAGGAACGCGAGCGAGACUACUACAGGAAAAGAUCAAACGACUCCAAGAAGGCUGCACAGCGGUUACAUGCACAGACUCUCAAAGCGCGGAGAAUAUAUGAGAUCUGGGCCUCCAAGGAAAAGGAGUUGACUCAGGAACUCGAGAAAUCUUCAGCCACUCCUUACCCAUCCCCGGAAAAGGGGACUGAAUGUCCUAAGAAACGACGACGGGUUGUUGACCAGGAAUCUGGGUGA